GGAGAGGCAGUCAUGAGGCCCACGUGGCCAAUCUGGGGGGUGAACGUCAAAUGUGGGAAGGGGACAGAUAUCAGUUAUGGACCCUGGGCUGACAGGCAAAGAGAAGCAUUAUGGAAGGUGUUCUUUCCGUCUGACUACCAAGAUAUGACAGUAACAGAGCUAGCAGAACCUGGACAAUUAAGACAGCAUCGUUCAUUUGACUUCAGAAUGAAUAUAAUUUCUGAUUCUACCAUAGAUAUUUUAUUCACUAAAAACAAGGAAACACAGGCCAUUCAUAUGAACACUGGGGCUGGUUCAUACGUUGAAGUUACAAUUCCUUGGAUCAUAAAAGAACAAGGCUAUACGAGUAAAAUCAAUGGACAACUCUUACAUUUAGACGCAACAACUAGUUCGAGGUUCCGGUCUUUCAUUGAAUGCGAAACACUGGAGUUUGAUGUGAAGGCGGUCUACCCCAAAGUACAUAAUAGUCACCAGGACUGGCACAUUGACUUCAAAGCUUGUAAAGCUACAGUCUUCCUUAUAUUCUACCACAAAACAUUUAUCCAAGAUCUGAUCGAAGAUUGGUCAUCAAAAACGAGACAAGAUUUAUUGCAUUUUAUCCCAUACACCUGGCAUGUUAGUUUGAUAAUUCAGGACUUUGAGCUAAUUACAAUGACGAAUGAGUACAAUUGGAUUGACUGCUCAUCGCAUAACCAGGAAAAUAACCACAUAGCAUUCGCUGGUGACACAUUUGACCUUACCUUUAAACUGCCAUACACAGACUUCAUGCCUCCUACAGUUCCACUGAAGUUCUUCAUAAGGGGGGAGUGUGUGGAGUGUCGGCUGUUCCUCCCAGAAACCAACAGUACAAGACAAGUUAUCCUAGCUCUUGCCGACAACAUCAAAAUAAUGGACAGAGAUGGUUGUGUUCUGAAUGAAAUGAAUGAACCAUUUGGCAAAGGAAGUGAUCGCAAGUGGCGACGUUUCACAGAAAGGAGCCGAGGCUGGGUAGAUUGUUGGGCGACACCUAUUGUCGCGAUUAGUAUUGGAUACACCUACCACCCAACUCCUCACCUUGGUGACUAUCAAUCCACGCCUCCCAUAAAUGAAGACGUCACAACCCCCGAGAAAGAAGAUCAGCUGCUAAUUCCAUUACGACCAAUGACUUCAACAUCAGAGAUGACUCCAAUGGCUCCAGAGAACUUCGACCCAACAUACAUGGAUGGAGAUAAGAUAACGGUUGAAUUGGAGGUCGGCCCUAGUGUUCUUUGUGUCUAUGGAGCACUGCUUAGACAGUUUUUACAUGUUAAGGAGAACUAUUUCGGAGAGGACCAAUCAUAUUCUGACUUUGAUGACGUUACUACUAAAUUGGAUAAACAUUCUACAUUUACCCAUACUUCUUCAUCCACAAAUAAAUCGACCAAACCAUUUGAUCCGAGAAACUAUCGACCACUAGAGGUCACUGUACAGCUGACGAUACAUGAUAUACAGGCACAUCUCAUUAAGCAUUGCACAGCUGAGGAUCCACCAUGUCCGAGCAUCUUCCUAGAGAGAGUGGGAUUUGAGUUGGACAAACGUUACCUAGAAACAAAACUGCAAGUUCUAAUAUCACCUGCUAUUAUAAUAGCUAAAGAUCUUGUCCAGCGUCCUGAUGACCACCAACAUUUGAAAGAUGGUCACUUGGCCCUGUCAGGAUUACAAGUGCGAGGCCAUGCAAUGUUCUCCCAUGAGAAUCUACCUCUUGACUCGGAGUGUCUGGAAUAUGGUUGGCUUAUUGAGGGCACUAUAGGAGACCUCUCUGGCCGCUUGACUGCCCCUCAGCUGCAACAAAUCGUUGAUUUUGCACAGACCUUUAUCUUCCAAGUGGAGGAUGAUGAAAACGGCCUCCAGAGGGCAGUACCAUUCAAUGUGUGCACCCAUGGCGUAUACCAGUGGGAGUGUGUGCAUAAAGAGGAAUGGCCAUUCCAGUGCCCAACAGAGCAUGAUAUUAAGUAUAAGAUGACGAGGCUUACCGUUGACUCCAUAGAUUUCUACGCUGUGGAGAGUGGGACUGCUCUAAAUGUUCAGGUGUUCCCGAUCAGAUUGUCGACAUGUAAUUUACAUGGCAGAAACAACAAGGCCGGAAUCACAGCUCUGAUUCAACAUGUCACGCUGCGUCAGUUCAUCAUGGCACCAUGCGUCAAUAAUCCAAAUAACAGCCUAUCAGAUCUGUGGUUAGAAGCAGGGGGUGUGGCCAUUGGACCAAUCACAGUUGACGCUGCUAUGGCACUAACUCACCCCGACUAUCGGACUGCUCAAGAUGAAUUCUUGAAAAUCCACGAUAAGAAAACUCACAGACUCUGGUUUUUGUGGGCACCAGAUUAUAGCGUUAUGACCCCAAGUACAACAGGGAAAUGUGGCUGUCUCGGUGGCUGUAAAUUUUUCGGGAAUAAUCGCACGGGUCAGAAUUUUUUCAGUCGUAGCAAAUUGGAUAAAUCUGGCUGUCUGAAUUCCGCAACAUUCCAGCUCCUAUUGGAUGGUCCAGAUCUUGGAUACGGGCAGAGUAUUCUCCACAAGGGGAAGUUGAUAUUUGACAUCAAUAGUUCAAGCUUUCCUGGGACUCCUAUCAAAUAUGCGUAUGUGACCUCCCCCACGAGUCCAACCACCCCCAUGACAAACAUUACCCUGAUGGAUGUCACCCCCCAGAGUGAUACCAUUGAUGACGUUACAUUGACUCGUGACCAGGACCCACUUCAAAUUGAUACAAUGCGUCUCAGCGAGUCUACUCUACAGGGCUCAACUACAUUACAUACUCCAAGAAGUGUGGACAGUUCAGUAGACUAUACAAUCCCUGUUGAUAGUGAGUCUGAAACUGAUACCGGAACAGCAACACCAACUAGAGAUGAUAUAAGCAAUAGUGAAUCAAUCCCGAGUAAUUUUUUCCCGAUGGAUGCAAUUCCUGAUGCUUACGAUACAGACCGUUAUGCAAGUAGCCAAUCAGAUUCCACUAGCUGGGGUCCCGGUCUUCCAGGAAGCGUCACGAGUCUGCCGGAGGUUAGCAAAGCUUUUAAACCAUCUCAUGAGAGACAAAGGAGUUGUGACGUCCCAGGGAAUAUACAAUCUCUAAUAUCUGAAUCACGGAGCUAUCAUGGGACUCCUCCGCCAAUUCCACGACGUCUUUCGAAAACCUCCAACCCCAGUUCAGGCUCUGGGGGAUUAUAUCAAGGCAGUACAGCUGUAAGCCCGACUCUGAAACGUUUGGCGUCAAAGGGCUCGAUUCAUCGAACAAUAUCAACAGUAUCUUCAGGAAGUGAAUUUUUCAGUGCAGCUGAGGACAGUUUAAGUGAAGUAGGAUCACCCCAGCCUGUUGAUUAUGAUUUUCCCGAUAGCUUCCCUGUGAACUAUCCCAGGGUGCUUCAUGUUUUAAAGGAACGAGAAUCAUCAUCAGAACGGAACACCCCAGAGAGGGGGACAGGCAAUGUUAAGGAUCCUGAGACUGUUAUCUUCAAUCGGCAACUUUCAAGACGUGAUAGACGUGCCUCUGAUAGUGCAUCAACGGAAUCGUUUGUCUCGGCACAAUCCUCGUCUCAACUCUCUGGAGAUUCCAACUUGACGGAAGUACAAUUAACUGAGCAUGAGAUGAACAUGUUAGAUUUACACGGUCAAAUAAACAAACCAAUCACAAAAUCUCCACUUUUGAUGGCGUGCUACAACAACCAUGUGACCCAAAUGAAGUGUGCUCAUUGGUCAACGCAAUCUCCUCUUCCCCAGUAUAUCUACCAACCAAUGACUCCGGGUGAUGAUGUUGACAAUGAUUCGUCAAUGCCUGCGGAAUUUUCCGUCCAAUCACCAACCACUUCAAAAGCGCAGACGCAUAAUUGGGUACCAAAAUUCAUGCCGGUUAGAAAUGGAUUCUCGGCUGGUUUUAUGGUGGAGAAGAAACGAUUCCUUGACCCCCCAAGUCCCAGCAGGGUGCUUCAUAGUCCUGUGAGUGACACUGACCCCUGGGAGAACCCCCGGGCAAAGGGGCUCUUUGAGGGAGAGGACCAAAUGGAAGUGGGUCCUGCAAUGUCAUAUGAGGACCAGACUUCCAAGACAACAGCUAUUGUGAAACUGGCUGGUUCAGUUGACAUUCUAGUCUCCCCUCUAUUACUAGAGUCUCUUCAGAGGUAUAUUGAAGCAGUGACCCCUACUAUUACAAAGCUUCAUCCCUCCAGUAUCGUUGACAAGCUCCACUUUCGCAGUUCAAGUGCCGUCAAAGCCCAGAAUAAGCUCAAAGAGCAGGGGGUAGGGGGCAGCACUGAUGAAAAUGAUGGCGAGAAAAAAGAUGAGAAAAAAUUAGCAGAGGAGACAAAAGCAUCUCAGUUCCAACUCAUGGUCACUAUGUCAAAGAUUAACCUUUGCGUUCUACAAGCAUCUAUGGUGGAGGAAGUGAUCGCACUUUCCGCAUUGGAACACGUCAAGGACCUAACGUGUGUCUCCCUAUUGGCUGUCUGUCUCGACAACAUCUCAUGUCAAUUUCUAACCAAUCACCAAUCAGAAAGAGCAAUUGAAAUGCGCCAGGAAACUAGUCCUGAUGAGACUUAUAAAAAGUUCGGGAAAUUGCCCAUGGGACAUAAAAGGAAAAUGGCGGAAAAGGCUGCUACAGCUGAGCUUCGUGAAACAGUUGUUGAAAAGCACAAAGAAGAUCUCGUUGGGAAUUUAAAUAUCUCAAAGAUACAUUUCCAGUUGCGGAGAUUAACAAAAGAUUGUAAUUUCACGCAAGAUGUGGUGCUGACAUCUAUACCGGAAUAUCGUUCGAAAGUCUUGUUCACAUUCGACAAGGACAAAAUCAGUAAUAUUGCCCCAGUGACAAAACAGAAUUUGACAGGACAGGCAUCACCAACUUUGAAAACAGGUACUAGGGUGGAGCUGACCCCAGAGGAGCAAAUCCUUGGGGUCAUAAUGUGCGAGUGGGGGUUGGAAGACAUCAGCUUAAGAGCAGCUAAGAGGAGUGGAUACGCAUCAAAACCAUCAGAAAAUACACCAGGAAUGAGUUUAACUGAAGCGAAAAUCAAUGAGCUUCAGGAAAGAAUACGAGAAGAGAGCUCCGGUUCUAAAUCAUACUCCAAUGCCUCAACAGCAGGAUCAAAAACUGUCCCCCAGGAUCAAACUUCCGUACGGCUUGAAGACAUGAACUUAUUAGAAAAUGAAUCUUGGGCCUCCCGUGAAUCGAUCCCAUCAAGUGCGUCCACAAUGAGUGAGGAAGUACUGCCGAGUAAACUUGAGGGGGACGCAUCCAACUGCUCCCUUGAGAUCAGAGGGGUGUGGUUCAACUUUGCAGCACCCCCUCCCUCUCCUAGCUCCAGGAAGUUGGAAUAUACAAGACUAGACUGGAAUCUUCUCAGUACUGCCACGCCAGCCAUUAAUGCCUGGAUGAAUCCCAGUGAUAGACUGAUCGUAGCAACGAAGGUCAUGCUAUCUUCCCUGAGCAUCAGAACUAGUGCAGUUAUGGCAUGUAUUAUGACAGAGGGCUUAGAUGUACAGGGCAUACACAUGCCAUUUAAGAGUAAAUAUAACAAGAUGUCUGGUCUGUCAAAAGCGUUACAAGAAGACCCGUCCUGUCAACUACUAACUGUGCUACGUCGUUACAUCACCCUGACACCUAUUGAGAACAUUGAGGAAAUGGUAGCCAUGGAAACUAUGCCCCAGUUGUUAACGAUACAAAAGGGAUUGUUAGCCCUAACAAGGCAAUGGAAGAAUAUUAUCUAUCUGCCAGGUUUGGCGGAUCCAAAUUUUCAACACAGUAAACGUGCGCGACCUCUGACUGUAUCGUUUGCCCUGCCCCCUGGUGAGAGUAUUGAAAACUUGGAUGAUGAAGAUGAUUUAUCGGAUGUUGAUGCGGAAAAUGAAUCACUGUUGAAUGCUGGGAGCUUGAAAGGAUCGGUUGACAAUCUUCGAAGUCGCAGUCCUGAGAGACUACGUCAUGAAAGUGGUGAUUCUCAGGAUGCAGAUAAAGUACUGAAAUCGGGGGGAAGACCAAGGAACGGACGAGAAUCAUCCCAAAUACAAGAUUCUCCUUUACCAACAUCGUUCAAUCCUCGUAACUUGUAUAAUAGUCUUGCACAGCAGGCAUCAAAUAUAUUCCGACGAAACGAAUCAAAGCUGAGCUUGUCCCAGCGUUCUGCUAGUUGCCCUAGCCUUGGGGGUGAGUUUCAACUCCCCGGGGGUACUCCUGUGGGAGGGACCCCUGUCAAAGGAAGUGCUCUACCAUUUGGACAAACUGGGCGAUUGGAGAAUGAGGACCUUUACCAAUGGAUGGCACGACAACAGGAUAUGAGUGGAGAGUAUUAUUUCACGACGCGACAGGAUUCAGUUAUGAACACUGUUGCUAGUGAAUAUAGCCAAGAUGAAACUCAAGACGUCAACUUUCAGCGUUACGCUGUGGCCACAACGCUACAGCUUGCUGACGCUCAGGUUCUAUUCAAACCGCUCUUACAGAGCCUUGGACUCCAAAUAGAAGGAAUUCGAACAUCUCCGCUAAUGAAAAAAUUUGGUGGAAAUAUUUCACUGACUGGAUUUUUGAUAUCACUCAAAAUUGAUAUAAUCGAUUCUGAGGCAGGCUCUAAGAAAACGAAAGGGAAGGGAAAGGGGAAUUCCAAAAAAUAUCCUCGGAUUAAUAUGGACACUGGAUCGGAGCUUCCAGCCUUUCAGUGCAAUCUGUUUUCAGCGAUGGUACAACUCAAAGACGUUGUUGAUUUUGAGAAAGAUUUUAAUAAUAUUGAUAAUUCCGCAAGGAGGAAAUCAAUACGGACAUUACAGUGGGCUAUGGACAGCCUAGAGGGAAAGCCGACAACAACAAAAGCCAAUUUGAACGUCAAUUGUCAAUCAGUUAACCAGCAUGUUAAUAUAUCCCUUGUGAGACUUGUUCACCAGGUAGUAACUAUGAUAGACAAUAUUGCUAUCACAAAGAAAGAACUGAAACGAAAUAGGAAAAAUAACGAGGCGUAUAAGACACAUAGGAAACAAGAUUCUAAGGGGUCUUCGGGCACUGAUUCACAGAGUAUUCAUUCUGAUUCAAGUCGAACACCGGGAGUAAGUCCACUUGUUGACCAAGAGAUCAAUGAAGGAGAAAACCUUGGAGAGAGCUUUUCCUUUACUCGCACAUCCUCCCCUGGAGAUGAACAAACAAGUACAGUAGAUGGUAAGAGAUCAAAGCGACCAGAACGAUUGGUUCUUUCAGGCUCUAAAAAAUCCCCGAAGAAAUUCACCUUCAGUAAACGGACCCGGCUUUCUGAGCUGCUAACACCAACCAAAUCCUACAGUCAACCAUUUAGCGAUGACCAUCCAGAUAGCUCUUCCCCUAUUCUAGCUGAGAAAACCAUUGUGGAUGAAAUCAAAGAAAAUACACCAAAAUGUUGGCGCACACUGUAUCAUCUCUUAGACUUAUACUCGACCAUGCCGGAAACCAAAACUGUCGGAGCGAGAUUUAUUCAAGCCCGGCUUCCCGCGAUUUCAGAGGAGCCAGAACGGGAGACUCCACCCUCAGGCAAGGGUGAUACCCCCAAGGCUAAGAGAGAAGAGGAGGAUGUAGAACAAGGUCUGAGGGGGAGAAGCAAUUCUCUGGGAAGAAGGAGAACUUAUACAGUUGGAACAUCUUUUAAACAAAGUAUUUUCAUAGGGGAACACAUCCCUCUGGUAGUGUUUGGGAUGGCCAAGAUUCGUCACAUCAAUAUCACUGCCUAUCUCAGUGGUCUAAAGCUGGAAAGCAAUGUUGACCAUGUACAUGCAAGCAUUACACAUAGGGAAAAAAUAAAAGGUGUGAAGAAAAAGCGGAGCAGUGAAUCGUCAGCCACAGCUUAUAUUGGGCAUUCCAUGAUAGCUCUCCUAGAAGGGGUACCACCUCAACUCCAGAUGGUUGUCUGCGUGAACAUUUCCAAAUCACAGGGUUUGUAUUCCACGAAGGUGAAACGUCACAAAGAGACCAACUCAGCCCUUGGUACCCUGGGUAAUGUUGACAUAGAUAUCCCGCAGCACCCUGUGGCGCUACAUGGCAUGGUUGCAAGGAGCUCUAAAAGAAUAUCUAGUACGCUAAUGGAGUUUAUACCAAAGAAAGGUCCUUCUAAGACCAGAUCUGCAGACAGUAUAGAUGGCAUUCCACGUGAUCAACCCUCGAAGCAUUCUGACAUUAACGAGGAUGAAGUCGCACCUGCGGAGGAGAAAGAGCUUCCACCUUCAGCUCCUCUUAUGGUUGUUAACUUCAAAUUGGCGCUGCAGGGAAUGACGAUCGGGGCUUCUUUAUUACCGUCAUUAAAGGCACAGUAUAAGAUCGGGAAGGUGUCUAGUCGAGGGGUAACUGGAAAAGAGGCUAGAUUCACAGUGGAAUAUCCAGAACAUUCGCUCAGCUUCAAUUCACAGAUGACAACUUCAGAGACAAAUCUCCCUACAUCAGCUAAUAUUGAUCUGCCUCCCAUGCACCUCCAUGCGGAAUACCGGCAACAUACUGGGGAAAAAGUAAAGUCCAAGGGCCUCACGGAGGGGCUCGUGUUCAGGGAGGGGAACUAUUUCAAUGCUGUUGCAGAGGUUGGCUCUUUUGAACAUAGUCUUACAACAGAUCUGCUGAAUCACCUGGUCUUUGUACAGAAAGUCUUCAUGAAGGAAGUGAACGAAGUGAUGCAGAAAAUAUCUGGGGGAGAUAAACCAGUUCCCCUCUGGAGUACCGAAGGACAUAAGAUACAACAACAUGCACCUAACCCACUGUUGUAUUCACUUCAAUUCAAACUGAAGGGUAUUCAAAUCACAGCCAAUACUCCCACAUCAUCUGCAGUGAGAUUCGAAACUGGGGCCAUUGAAUUAGAGCUAUCUAACCGAGUACUAAACACCCAAACGCAGCUAGCUCCGCAGAACAAAUAUCUCAAGGUUUUCAUCAAGGCGAAGGUUGAUUUGAACCUAGCAUUAGGAGAGUUGAACAAGAAUCCAAUGUUUGAGGAGGCCGAACCAGAGUUUCAAACAUUGGCUUUCUUCAAAACCCGAAUUGAGAUUCGAAAUGCGUUACAAGAUGAGAUGAUUCCUGGCCAAUCAGAUGAUCAGGAAGCUCUUCUGAUAUCUCUCUGUCGACCAAUCAUAUUCUUUGAACCAAUAGCCGCAGAUAAGGCAGUGUUGGUCUGGCUUAACUAUAGGAAUGCUUAUGAGUAUUGGAACGAGCAGCGCCUUGGGCUAAAUAAAGAGGUACAACAAGCCACAAGACAGGUGUUUGAUAGAAUUCCAGUGACCAACAUACAGCCAGAUAUAUCCACCCUUGGGACAUUGUUCCUACAGCUGACUGUGGAUGACAUGGGCAUCUGUGUACCUUUGAAGACAUCCAAGGAUGUUAUUGGUGUUCCUCAAUUGAGUCGCAUGAUGGAUAAUGAGCCCGGGUCAGCCCUAGUGCUUACAAUAGAGAGCACCCUAAUAUCUGCUUGCUCAAGGGGGUCCCUAGUCAGUAAAGGAGACUUUAAAGGAUUCUGUUUGCGUUUCACCGAGGAGUUUGAGAUGUCAUGGGACGACUGGAAGCCAUCUAGCAAUAUAAGUCCCGUAAUGAAUGCAUGUGUCGUACCCCAAGGGACCUAUGAGGUCUGUUCUAGAACCGUCAAUAAACCAGAUUUGAACAGUCAAAAUGCUAAAUGGAUUCUGAAUGUCUUAUGGGAAAUGAAAGGCAUUGAUAUCCACAUGAACACUUUGAUGGGUCAACUUCUCUCUGGACUUGGACAGACUCUUACCGGACUUGCUGGAGACCACUCAUCUGAUUUGGAUGUUGUUGAUAGUGGCCUACAGAAUAUUCCAUCUAUAAAGGUGGACCCUGUUUUAAGAAAGCAGUCCACAUUGACAGAAGUCCUCCCUGAGUUUGUGUAUGACACAAGCAUUGAGCCAAAACAGCGUGCUAGACUUAUAGAAAGAGAAAUGAAUGAACAAGCAAAGGUUGUUCAAGACCUAAAGCAACUAGGGGCCAGCCAACAAACUGUUGAAUCUGAGGAACAAAAACUACACGAACUAGAACAAGUUCUAUCUAAUGACUUCCGUCGCGACGUCAUCCAAAAACUUAAACGUCAAAGCGUUAAAGCCACUGCUCUUAAAGACAAACUUGGUUUAGGCUACAAACCGGCACAUUACAGAUCUAAGUCAACGAGUGCAGGGAUGCAUGCGUGGAAGAAAAAAGAUUCAAUAACGGACAAAGAGAAACUUUUCCGCACAAAGAAGUCUGUUCAUCCUUCGUUAUCGCAUAAUCGCACUCAGUCCUUUGACUAUACAAAGAUUGAAAUACCUACCGUCACAUUUAAUAAAAGCACAGACCAUUCCGACUCUGAUUUAGACUUAGAUGACAUUGAUUUACUCAGCAAAACAUUGGACGAUCCCUUUGAUUCCAAGAUAAGAAAAAGCCCUAAUAUUCCGCCAAGACGUCCAUUAGAAAGAAAACCGGCGAUUAUUGCUGAGAAAAGUGAUGGGAGCUCUUCAAGUGAGGAGGCUAAUUUGGAAGAUGUGUAUCUAAAACACGCAUCUGAAAGAACUCACGGUCCCCCUCCCCCAGUGGUCACCAGAAAAUCAAAGUCCUCUACGAGUAAAGAGUCCACUGCGAGCAUGGGAAGUGGAGGUAGCGGGAAAAGUGGCAGUACAACGGAGAUUGGAAUCGACUUUGAGUUUGAUUUGAAAGUUGAAAUUGAAAGUGGGCAAUGCGUGCUGCAUCCAAAACAUACUGAAGAUGCAGAAGAAAAUGUGAAAAAGGGAGUUAAGAAAACUAUGUCUGGCCUUUCAUCGGACAGCAGUCCCAUUUUGGGGAGGAAGAAAACAGGGAAGAAAGAUUCAACAGCCAAGUUGAAACAACAGCAGAGUCAGCAAUCAUUAGAGAAUACAACGUUCUUCCUCCCUGGCUUGGAUGUUAAGGUCCACUAUGAAUCCAAAGCAAAUUCCAAUUCAACAGAGAGUCCAUCAGGUUCACUGAAACCAGACAUUUCAGCUGAAAUUUUAGAGAACACCAGCAACACCUCACAAGCAUCUGCCACAAAGAGACCAGGCAACAAGAAGGCCAACUUGUAUGCAUGGGUGUCACUUCAGAAACUACCUGAGGAGAUGUUAAUCAGUCCAACCCUGUUGGAUUACCUUGAACAGACCCUGGAGCCAAUUCAUAUGGAGGCUUGGUAUCUUUCAAAGGCACAUGCUAAAGAAUCAGAAGAACAAUUAGAGAAUGGAGGACUUGAUGAAAGCAUGACAUCACUGACUCCAGUGUCAUACGCUUACACAUUUCCUGUGAAUGUCAUGGUGUGUAUACGAGUCAACCCCUCAAUCAUACGCUUCACAUGCCUCCCUGUAUCAAGAGUGGAAUGCAUUUUAAGGUUGCCAUCCCUUGACAUGGUUUUCUCCACAAAGAGGAUUGAAACAGAGAACCCCCUCGUGACAUCCAAAGAUGGGGGAACUCCUCCAAUGAAAUCAAAAUUAAACCGCGAAAGGUCUGCGAGUGGAAAUCAAGGUCAAGGUCGUAAUCUCAACUCUGGUUCCGUAGAGAAUCUUCUCCCAGGGGGUGGUCUACAAGUGACAGCGUGUCUCAGUGACUUCUCCCUCUUUAUCUUCCAUCCCUAUGGGGGUCAGAACAAGAAAAGUGGCGAAAGCCUGCUUGGGGGACCUGUCAUGACUCCCCCCUCUUUGGGGUCUAUGACAGAUGGCGCUGCGUCACCUCUCUCUGCGGCAACAGGACGUAAAGAUUCACUCAGCCUCAAUGUGGAGUUUGUCAAAGUAAACAUAUCCAGGAGCAGGAAGGGAAUCAUUCAAGCCUCAGACACACACAUUAGUCCAAAUCAAUUGAAGGCCGGAGGAAAGAAACCUAGUGGAGGUGCAUCAAAUAUUAUAAGGUUUUCAACCAUAUGUGAUAUUGGAUCUGCCUCAUUUAAAUAUAACAUGAGAAGAUUGUCUGAAAUCCUAGCUCUGCCCAAAGCAUGGUAUAGAAAGGGACUCGCUAGAAGACUCUUCCUGGGAGAUGAAAGUGCACACAAUAUCGAGGAGUCGGAUGAAGAAGACGAAGAUACAAAAUCAAGUGCCACACCCCCCACACCUGAGACUCCCCUUCCCUACAACUUCCCCCGAGAGGACACAUCACCCUCAAGAAGUGAGAGCCCCGAGGAUGGUUCAACCAAUCAGAAUAUAGCUGGGCCUGAGGAACGUAGAAGCAAAGAUUUAUGGAGUAAAGAGUUGCCAAAUAAACCAGAAAAGCUCUUAAUAGGUGGCACACCACUAUCGCCAACAAGCAGUAACAAGGCAAAGCUCCUACCUCCAUUACUAAAAUCACCAGUCCACCAUGCACCUUUGAUUCCCCAGAGUUACGACACUGUGGACCAUUUCCGCAAACUUCCCAUAUUGGCUAGUGUCUCGUCGAAUGACAGCACCAGUAGCCAAUCAAAAUCGUUGAAUAGUUGGGAAACGUUGGUGAUGUUUGCAUUGAAUCUGUCUCAAUUAGAUGUCCACGUCAAUAUGGGGAAUGUCAUGGGACUCACAACAUGGUUCACAAAAGAUCUAAAGUCUCAGGGAAGAUUUGCUAUCGACAGUAAUUGUCGCAAAAAUCUGACUGUCACAACAUGCCUUGGUGGUUCAACCUUAGAUGCCAAGGGAGGAAUUGUUGGUGGUGCCAUAGAAAUACAAGAUAUUACAACUACAAUUAAAGUGAAGGAAGACCCUGGAUUGGACCCAGAUCACAAAUGUGGAAUUGUUCUUUCUGCCAUUGAAGCAAGACUUGAUUACAUGGGAUCUAGUGUCCUAAUGGGACGUACUAGUCAACUUGAGGUUAGUUUGGCAGAUGAGUGGAGAGUGGGAGAUAUGGGAAGUGAUGAUGAACUAUUAGCAACCAAGAGACCCGCAUUGAUAUUUGUCCAUGGUGAGCUACAAUGGGAUAAAUUCCAUUUGAUGAUUUCAAAGUCAACGACCCCUGAUCUUAUCAAGAUGGUAUCCAAAGUGGAGGAAUUCUUCAUACAACAAUUACAUAGCAGUAAACGUGUAUUUUCUAAUUUUGGAACACUUGCGGCAAUUUCUAAACCCAAGAAGAGAAUUAUCUCUCUAGAUGAAGAAAAAAUAUCUGAAGCAAAGCAUCAUCGCCAUUGGCAGAAAGUCCUGGAGCACAUAGCUGGUUGUACGUUCAAGAUGCUCAAACUUCAACUUCCAAAUAAGGGCACAAUUGUUGGCGGAACUAUGUACCUACAGGGAGACAAUCUCUCAUUAGCUUGUUUCCAUGGUAUCAACUUUCGGUCAAAAUCGUGGGCAUUGUUUACGAUGAACGAACCAAACAUUUCAUUUGCAACUGAAUCACAGCAGAUUACAACUGAAGACUCAGCAGACACUCACAUAGUCCAGAAUCUGUCCUUCCAACUGGGUCACAACAUUACUGAACUGUCCAAUAAGAAACAAGAGAUGGCUGUUAUAUGCAAGCUGUCUCGUGGUCACUAUAUGCCUCCACCUUUCACCAGUGUACAGGAAUGGUUCCAUUAUGCAUUUGCAUCAACCAACUUCAAAAAUUUAGAUAGCUUCCCAACAAUGAAGCGACAGCCUUGUGACAGUCCUAGUCCCACUGAGAGACGAUCAUCAUCGAGAAAGUCGCAAGAUUACAGCCAUGACACUGAAGUGAUAUUCUCUCUCCCUGCUCUACAACUUCAUUUAAAGACAGAGCAUCUGCAAGCCUCCAUUGAACCUCUGUGUACAGAGCCUCGGCCAAUUGUGGAGUGCAGCUUUGUGACAGAGUUUGAGGAUCAUAUAUUCGUUGCCAUGGAUGCAGAAGCUGUCCUCUUUUUACAUGAUCUUGUUAACUCUUAUAUCAAGGAAAAGGACAAAGCUCUAAUGGGACGACCAGGAUCAUACAGUGCCUACAGAGACAGAGACAAAGAGGCUGAUAAAAAAUCCGAGACUGACACAUCCCUCUACGAAGACUUUAGGGAAUACCAGUGUAAAACAUGGCACUUGGAACCCACUGUCAGGUUGUUAUAUUGGGCUGGGAAGAAGAUAGAUCCAGUAGGUGUGGACUAUGUUCUUCAGAAGUUAGGCUUCCAACAUGCGAGACUCACCAUUCCAAAAUGGAUGCAGCGUGGAUUUAUGGACCCUCUUGACAAAAUAUUAGCUGUGCUUGUUGAUCGUCUUGUUUUAGUACUUCGAAAAACACCAAAGACUCAAGAAGAGCAAAAUAAGUAAAGUUUUAAGUACACCGCAGUGAAUAGAAGAAAGUGAACAUAUUUUAUAGUUACAUGUUUUUUGACAACAUGAUGACGAUCUUAAUGAAACAAAUGACGAGGUUUAAAAUAAUGACAUGUAAAGUGAUAAGUAUAGUUUUGGUUAGGCGCUGGUGUAAACCAUUUGAGGAGAUGUGUAAUUUUACAUAUUUAAGUCCUCUGAAUAUAUGUAACUUAACCUCUAAUAUUAAUAGAAAAUACGCAUAUAUACUUAGAAAUUCGCCAUACACGUAUCUCAUACUUAUGUAUUGAUAGAUAAGUGAAAUUGGACGUCAAUACAUUUAAGAUAGUUCAUUGAAUUUAUAUGAAAUGAUAAAUGUGCAUCAUUGAUAUACCAUAUGAAAUCUACAUUAAGAUACGAUAUCAGUAUUAUUAUGUCACCACCAAAUAUGGUAACAAAUUGUUAUGGUCCAGCUUUUUUGUGGACGUCGUUCGGUGGUCAGCAGUCUGCGUCUGUAACAACUGGUCGAUGGUGACAUUUUGCAUGUUAUU